CGAGGCUGGCGCUGGUGGUGCACUAUAAAAGGAAAAAUCAUAGUUUGGAGUUUAUAGCAAUACCUCUUGCGAGUGUUGUCAAUCAUGCCACCCAAGACUUCCGGAAAGGCUGCCAAGAAGGCCGGUAAGGCCCAAAAGUCUAUCACCAAGGGUGAUAAGAAGAAGAAGCGCAGGAGGAAGGAGAGCUACAGCAUCUACAUCUACAAGGUGUUGAAGCAGGUCCACCCUGACACCGGUAUCUCCUCCAAGGCCAUGUCCAUCAUGAAUUCUUUCGUGAAUGACAUUUUUGAGCGCAUUGCCGCUGAGGCUUCCCGCCUUGCCCACUACAACAAGCGUUCCACCAUCACCAGCCGGGAGAUUCAGACCGCCGUCAGGCUUCUGCUCCCCGGUGAACUGGCCAAGCACGCUGUCAGCGAGGGCACCAAGGCCGUCACCAAGUACACUUCCUCUAAGUAAAUUGCUUGGUUGCUCGGUUUCUCCGGUCUCCUACAACAACAUCGGCUCCUUUAGGAGCCACA